AAAUUAAGUUCAACCCCUACCCCUUAAAACAGCAAGCUAUACAGGCUUUAGUGAACUUCACACAAUACCUUGAGUAAUACCUAAUCUUCAAUAAAUUCAUCAAUAGUCUGAAAAUCACAUUCCAGUUCUACUUAGAGGUCAACGAUACUGACUAAAGUUCACACUCCAUUUACCAUAAAUCAUCUAUAUAGCUCACAGUACUGAAAUUCACAAAUUGGUUUGUGUUCCUAGGUAAAAAAUGCCGACCAUUUCUCGCAGUAUGUUACCGAGGACUUUGACGAAUACAUCAAACGGAAACGCGCGAAUAAUUGCCAUGGCAACAACAUUGAGAUGCAAGCGUUGAGCGAAAUGUACAAUAGGACGAUCGAAGUAUACAAGUAUAGUUUAGGUAAGGUUCCUUACAGGGCCGAGAAUGCUUUUGAAAUGUGUUAUACAUGAGAAUUGGAUUUGUAUAUGUAGAGCAAGAUCUUCAGUCAUUUGGCCUAUAUAGGACAGGUUCCCAGCACUGUCUAGCAACGUAUUGUAGCGUGAGGCGGUUUCUACAAAAAAACGAAAACCGACCAAAAAAACCGGAAAAACCCCGAGUGAACCAGUUUUUUAAAAAAAUACUUUUGAAAAUUGAAACUACGGUAAAAAAAGUCACAACAUGUUACUCAGUACUCACGCAAGAUAUUAAACGUAAGGUAUUUUGAAGACAUCAAAUUUCAAACAAAAUCUCUUUAGUUUUUCGUGUGUAAAUGCCAAAACUUGAUUCAUUUGCAAUAAACUUGUAUAAGUAUGGUUCGAUUUUAGUAAAAUACCGAUUUUUCUUGGGAUUUUUUUCGUUCUUCCGGUUUUUCUCCAAAAGUAACAUUGAGUAUUUCGGUUUCAAAAAACAUAUUUUUUUCCGCUUUACCGAAAAACCACCUCACCCUAGCGUAUUGUCAUGUUUUGUGCUCACAAUUUACAGAUAUGUUGAAUAAAUAUAAUUUAAUAAUUAUAUAAAAUAUAAAUCCGGGAUUCUCUUGAUGAUUGCGUGAAAGACAAGAUAGAUAUUUGAAUAUUUUAUUGUUUUUUGUAAUUUUUAUUUUCAUUAUCAAAUACUUAUAAUGUUAGAUGUUCGACAGCAAAAUAUUUUCCAAAUGUUUGCCCGAAAAGCAAAUAAUGCUUCUCUAGAGGGCCUACAUUAAUUAUUUUCAAACAAACACACACAUAGACAGACAUACUUGUGAGCCAAGUAAGCGAUAGCGACAGAGAAGCGAUCAGUAUUCAAUAUAUAAGUUUGAACUAGACGAAAAAGCAAACAAUGCAUGUGUGAUUCUAGCUAUGGACGAAAUAUUGAUCAAGGCAAGAAGAACGAAAUCCAACACCACAGCUAGAAAGAGCAUCUUCAAAUGAGUAAAACUGCAAAGAUUGGUUGCGAAUUAUUGCAAAAUGAAGAAAAUAUAGCCCUGUGAAGUUCGCAAAUUUUGUAUUUAUUUGGUAUUACACGCGUAAUCACUUUCCACUGGUUAUUUUUCCCGCGCGCAAUGCAAAUAUUUACAAAAUUUGCGAACUUCACAGGGCUAUAUUUUCCUCAUUUUACAACAUUUUGCAACCAAACUUUGCAAUUUUACUAAUUUCAAGACGCUCUUUCUAGCUGUGGUGUUGGAUUUCGUUCUUGCCUUGAUCAAAAUUUCGUCCAUAGCUGGAACUCACCUAUUCUCUCUAUAACUCAGUUAAAUUUUCACAACCCUCAGGGGUUUUUUCAGGGAUUUUUUAGGACCGUAAAACGGCCCCAAAAACUCAAUCUUGAAUUGAGUUUUGAAACUCAAUCUUCUCAUCAAAAGAUUCUGUGCAGUAAAAUGAAGUUGUUUGAGUUAAAUUCAUGACGUGUGCAAAUUAGUUUUCAGUUGAAAACCCGAAAAUUAAGUAAAAAAUGGCUGGAGAUCAUUUCAAAACACAAGAAAAACAACGCAUUCGCCGUCUUUAACCAGUGUAUUGUGGCCCUUAGUGCCGCUGCUUUAACACAUUGCAUCUCAACUACACUAAGGUAGGCACAGGUUUCAGCCUCGGGGGGGGAGAGACAGCCGCCCCAGACCCCUAGUUGUUCAGCUCAACUCAAUCUUGUCUGCAAAAACGGACCCAAGAGAAAAUCCUGAAAAAAACCCUCAACCAUGCAUGUAAUAAACAACUAAGUUUUUCAUUUUUAUUUCAACUUUAUUUCUCCAGAACCAAUCAACACUUUUCAUGCAUCUUAUCAAUCUGAUUACGAACCAAUUCGAGUCAGUUAUCAUGGGAACAUCCAUUAUAAUUCCGUCAUUGAUCCGUACAACCCGUCUGUUGGCGUCGGGUUAGGCUUGGCUGGCUAUAACCCUAAGGUGGGUAGCUUUCUUUGUACUGUUACAUUUGGAUAGAGCUGUAGCAACCAGCGGUCGGUGUGUUCAUGAAUGUUGAAUCAUUUUGAGAAUUGUAGUGAUGUAACUUUACUUUUUUUGGGACAUGAAAAAUAGUUGCCCUGAAUACAAUUCACUUGCCAUCAGACAAUGGACACUGGUGUACCUAGGUAGGGGGUAUAAAUUAAGGGGACAACAUGUCAACCCGCUCUCCCACUUCUCUAUAUGGCUAUGUUAUACUGUCUCAGAUCUAGCUUUGGCCCACAAGAAACAAGAUUUGAAUCAACUACAUGCACUAUAAAAAGAUGCCCAGCUUUUUGUGGCAAGUCAACUAGCCCAAUCGCGCAAGCAAGAUAAAACGUUUACUUUUUUUUUAUUUAAACAUAUUUUAUUCUCAACAUUUUCUCCAAAACGUUUACUUGCCCGUCAUGAUAUUGCCACGCGCAAGUGACAGUGUUAAGUUACACCUCUGAAUUGUGUUUGAUGUUUUUAGCUGACAGAAAAGAAAAAUCUUCAUGAGGCUGUGAAAAAGUCUGAGGAGCCUUUGAUUGAGCAGGUAAAAUGUUACCAUAAACGUACAGCUGGUCUACGUCUGUUUUGAUCAAAAUGCACCUAUUCAGGAUGGUGAAAAAUUUUAAACGCCAUAGAUAUAUUCCUCAAGGCCUCGAGAGGUUAAAUCUUCACCAGAGAAAUAGCAUUGUUACGAAUGCCUGUCACAUGUCGGGAUCCUAGGUAGCAGCGCUACCUGCAAGUGCCUGAAGCUAGCUGCAAUCCUUCGUCAGAAGGUCUCAUGCAUGCUUAAGUAAGGUAGAAAAUUUCAAGAACUCCCUUUUCAAAAACCAGAACUCCCUUUUCAAAUGCCAAAACUCCGUUUUCAAACGCCAGAACUCCGUUUUCAAAUGCCAAAACUCCAUUUUGAAAUGCCAGAACUCCGUUUUCAAAAGCCAGAACUCAGUUUUCAAAUGCCAGAAACUCCGUUUUCAAAUGCCAAAACUCAGUUUUCAAAUGCCACAACUCAGUUUUCAAAUGCCACAACUCUGUUUUCAAAUGCUAAAACUCCGUUUUCAAAUGCCACAACUCUGUUUUCAAAUGCCAAAACUCAGUUUUCAAAUGCCACAACUCUGUUUUCAAAUGCCACAACUCUGUUUUCAAAUGCCAAAACUCAGUUUUCAAAUGCCACAACUCUGUUUUCAAAUGCUAAAACUCAGUUUUCAAAUGCCACAACUCUGUUCCCAAAUGCUAAAACUCAGUUUUCAAAUGCCACAACUCUGUUCCCAAAUGCUAAAACUCAGUUUUCAAAUGCCACAACUCUGUUUUCAAAUGCUAAAACUCAGUUUUCAAAUGCCACAACUCUGUUUUCAAAUGCCCAAACUCAGUUUUCAAAUGCCACGACUCUGUUUUCAAAUGCCAAAACUCAGUUUUCAAAUGCCACAACUCUGUUUUCAAAUGCCAAAACUCAGUUUUCAAAUGCCACAACUCUGUUUUCAAAUGCUAAAACUCAGUUUUCAAAUGCUACAACUCUGUUUUCAAGAAGGAGAACUCCGUUUUCGGCUUGAUAUAUGAAAAUUUUCGACCAAUUGGGUUUGAGCAAAUUAGUGGACACUCAAUUUUGACAAUAUGAAACUAACUCAAAAAAUUUCUUCGGUGCCUGGUCCCCUGUCGUAAUUUGCUAACUGAAAAUAUUUUUGACUACCUGCAAAAAAACUAAAUAUACAGGCAUGUUGUUACGCAGCCAUGUAGAAAUAUACAGAAUUCUGUUUUUCAUUUCAAUUUGCUUAGUAUCCACGUUGAAGGCCCUCCUUUCCACUCAGGAAAAUUUUCCGCAGAAAGAAAAUUUUGUAAAAUGUGAUUGGUCGACACAAAAAUUUUGAAGUUGAAAAUUUUCAACUUUUAACAAUGAUAUUUUCGGAAAUUUUUCUAUCCGUGAAAAUUUGAUUUUGAAUGAAAAUGGUGGGCCUUAAUGCAGCUAAAUUUCACGUCCUACAGGAAAUGUUGCAAGAUAAACUACGAGCAACAGAUUGGGAAGCGACGUACGAAGCGAUGGAGGAAGCCGUUGCUAGGGAAUCUUACUUGGAAUGGUUGAAAGAAAACGAACGACGCUCGAGAAAAGUGGUAUGUGGUUCAAAUUUUUGGUCGAUAGUACUGUUGAAUUAAACUAACUUUAUUUACACUGGAUAGUUCUACAAGUUCUACACUGUUCUUCCUAGAGGUCCAGUAAGGAUCAUCUCUUAUUGAUCCAGUGUUACUACAGGAGGAAACCUAAACUAAGCUAGCUUUAUUUAUACUGGAUAGCUCUAUCAGUUCUAAACUGUUCUCCCUAGAGGUCCAGUAAGGAUCAUCUCUUAUUGAUCCAGUGUUACUACAGGAGGAAACUUAAACUAAACUAACUUUAUUUAUACUGGAUAGCUCUAUCAGUUCUAAACUGUUGUCCCUAGAGGUCCAGUAAGGAUCAUCUCUUAUUGAUCCAGUGUUACUACAGGAGGAAACUUAAACUAAACUAACUUUAUUUAUACUGGAUAGCUCUAUCAGUUCUAAACUGUUCUCCCUAGAGGUCCAGUAAGGAUCGCCUCAAACCUUGGCUACAAUGUAUACCGAAAACAGGCGUACUUUAUGCACAAACCGUGGCUAACCAUUAAGACACCAUGACCCUCGAUAUGAUAUAUUUUAUUGUUCUCUUUCAUCCAAUAGCAACAUUCCAAAGGUUCUUCGGGAGCUACAAGUAGUACAUCAACCGUCACCUCCGGAGAAACAUCUCGUCAUCGUAACAUCUCGUCGCCCACUCGGGCAGAACCGGACAGUCCUCCUCCGAACAAGAGUCCUCGGCACUCUCCCCCAGACUCCCCCAAACCUUCGCGGUCAAACUCUCCAAAAAUGACUUCAUCCGGUGUACUAAUUACAUCAACGAGCGUAGUGACGGUCAGCUCCAAUCAGUCGAAGUCGCCGACGUAUGUAAAUUCGUCUCCCAAAAGUUGUUGUUCACAAGGUACCAGCUCUAGGUUCACAGAAUAUGAACCAAGGGAUUAUGGCUCUGCUGCAUUCGGUAAGUUAAGAUCAGGGCCGUUGCGAGGACAUUCCAGUCACUAAUGGACCAUUUGCAUUAUAGACUAAAUUUUGAUCUGGACAAAUAUUUCAUCACAGCAUGAAAGAGCAUCACAAAAUUAGUAAUAUUCCAAAGUUUCGUUGCG